GGAGACGUAGGCCCGAGGGCGGGCGCGGAAGGCACGUCCGGGGGCUGAGCGGAGGCCCCCGGUCCCGGGCCCCCAUUUCCCGCGUCACGCCUGCCGCAGGCGCGUCCUUCCAGCAGGGGGCGCUGGCGCGGGCCUCGCUCUGCCCACCGGGGCGGGCGAGCCGGGGACCCUGCCUCCAGAGCGCCCGCGGUCCGCCCCUUGCGCUCGUGCCGGCGACCGGCCGGACGCCUGAGCCCGCGUCCCGGAGCCUCUCAGCCAGCCCGAGUCCGCACCGCAGCUAGAGCCGAACGGCGCAUCCCGGCCGGGAGAGGAGGCGGACCUCAAGUUCCUCUUAAGGGACCAGCUUGCGAAGCGUCCAGGAGAAAGGGCAGGGGACGCGCGGCCGACAGGAGUGGUGGCUCCCGGCCGCCCGAGCCGCGCCGGCCCCUGCGCCCGGCCCCCACGGCCCGCGGCAUGGCCCGGGGCCCGGCGCUGUCGUUGCUGUGCGCCCCGGCCGUCUGGGCGGCCGCCGCGCUACUGCUCUGCGCGCCCCGGAGCUCAGGGGAAGCAGAGGUUCCUGAUCCAAAUGACCCUUUGGGACAAGUGAAUGGACAUGACAGCCCUAUCCCAACUCUGAAAGGUUACUUCCUGAACUUUCUGGAGCCAGUGAACAACAUCACCAUAGUCCAAGGGCAGACUGCAAUUCUGCACUGCAAGGUGGCCGGCAACCCGCCCCCCAGCGUGCGGUGGCUGAAGAAUGAUGCCCCGGUGGUGCAGGAGCCCCGGCGGGUCAUCAUCCGGAAGACAGAGUAUGGCUCUCGGCUACGGAUCCAAGACCUGGACACGACAGACACCGGCUACUACCAGUGUGUGGCCACCAACGGGAUGAAGACCAUUACUGCCACCGGCGUCCUGUUUGUGCGGCUCGGUCCAACACACAGCCCAAAUCAUAACUUUCAAGAUGAUGACCAUGAGGACGGGUUCUGCCAGCCCUACCGGGGGAUCGCCUGCGCACGCUUCAUCGGGAACCGGACCAUCUAUGUGGACUCCCUCCAGAUGCAGGGGGAGAUCGAGAACCGGAUCACAGCGGCCUUCACUAUGAUAGGCACCUCCACACACCUGUCGGACCAGUGCUCGCAGUUUGCCAUCCCGUCCUUCUGCCACUUCGUGUUCCCGCUGUGCGACGCGCGCUCCCGGGCGCCCAAGCCACGCGAGCUGUGCCGCGACGAGUGCGAGGUGUUGGAGAGUGACCUGUGCCGCCAGGAGUACACCAUCGCACGCUCCAACCCGCUCAUCCUCAUGCGGCUGCAGCUACCCAAGUGCGAGGCACUGCCCUUGCCGGAGAGCCCCGACGCCGCCAACUGCAUGCGCAUCGGCAUCCCGGCCGAGCGGCUGGGCCGCUACCAUCAGUGCUACAAUGGCUCGGGCACUGAUUACAGAGGGACAGCGAGCACCACUAAGUCGGGGCACCAGUGCCAGCCGUGGGCCCUGCAGCACCCCCACAGCCACCACCUGACCAGCACAGACUUCCCUGAGCUCGGAGGGGGGCACGCCUACUGCCGGAACCCCGGAGGGCAGAUGGAAGGCCCCUGGUGCUUCACGCAGAAUAAAAACGUACGCAUGGAACUGUGUGACGUACCCUCUUGUAGUCCCCAAGAUGGCAGUAGGAUGGGGAUUCUGUACAUCUUGGUUCCGAGCAUCGCCAUCCCUCUGGUCAUCGCCUGCCUUUUCUUCUUGGUCUGCAUGUGCCGGAAUAAGCAGAAGGCUUCGGCCUCCACACCCCCACGCCGGCAGCUGAUGGCAUCCCCCAGCCAGGACGUGGAGAUGCCCCUCAUCAGCCAGCACAAGCAGGCCAAAGUCAAGGAGAUCAGCUUGUCCACGGUGCGGUUCAUGGAGGAGCUUGGGGAGGACCGCUUUGGGAAGGUCUACAAAGGCCACCUGUUUGGCCCAGCGCCUGGGGAGCCGACCCAGGCGGUGGCCAUCAAAACGCUGAAGGACAAAGCGGAGGGGCCUCUCCGGGAGGAGUUCCGCCAUGAGGCCAUGCUGCGAGCUCGGCUGCAGCACCCCAAUAUUGUCUGCCUGCUGGGCGUAGUGACCAAGGACCAGCCGCUCAGCAUGAUCUUCAGUUACUGCUCGCACGGCGACCUCCAUGAGUUCCUGGUCAUGCGUUCACCGCACUCAGACGUGGGCAGCACAGACGACGACCGCACCGUGAAGUCGGCCCUGGAGCCGCCAGACUUCGUGCACGUGGUAGCACAGAUUGCAUCGGGCAUGGAGUACCUGUCCAGCCACCACGUGGUCCACAAAGACCUGGCCACCCGCAACGUGCUCGUGUACGACAAGCUGAGUGUGAAGAUCUCGGACUUGGGGCUGUUCCGUGAAGUGUACUCCGCCGACUACUACAAGCUGAUGGGGAGCGCGCUGCUGCCCAUCCGCUGGAUGUCCCCCGAGGCCAUCAUGUACGGCAAGUUCUCGGUGGACUCGGACAUCUGGUCCUACGGCGUGGUCCUGUGGGAGGUCUUCAGCUACGGCCUGCAGCCCUACUGCGGGCACUCCAACCAGGAUGUUGUAGAGAUGGUGCGCAGCCGCCAGGUGCUGCCCUGCCCCGACGACUGCCCCGCCUGGGUGUACGCGCUCAUGAUCGAGUGCUGGAACGAGUUCCCCAGCCGGCGGCCCCGCUUCAAGGACAUCCACAGCAGGCUCCGGGCCUGGGGCAACCUGUCCGCCUACAACAGCUCCGCGCAGACUUCAGGCGCCAGCAACGCCACGCAGACCAGCUCCCUGAGCACCAGCCCUGUCAGCAAUGUCAGCAACGCCCGCUACGGGGGCCCCAAGCCCAAGGCCCAGCCCUUCCCGCAGCCACAGUUCAUCCCCAUGAAGGGCCAGAUCCGACCCCUGGUGCCCCCUCCACAGCUCUACAUCCCCGUCAACGGCUACCAGCCGGUGCCGGCCUACGGGGCCUACCUGCCCAACUUUUACCCGGUCCAGAUCCCGAUGCAGAUGGCCCCGCAACAGGUACCUGCCCAGAUGGUCCCCAAGCCUGGCUCCCACCACAGUGGCAGCGGUUCCACUAGCACGGGGUAUGUCACCACUGCACCCUCCAACACGUCCGUGGCCGACAGGGCAGUUCUGCUCUCCGAGGGCACAGAGGACACGCAGAACACCCCUGAAGACGUGGCCCAGAGCCCCGUGCAGGAAGCAGAGGAGGAGGAAGAUGGCUCUGUCCCAGAGACCGAGCUGCUGGGAGACAACGACACUCUGCAGAUGGACGAGGCUGAGGUCCAGCUGGAGGCCUGAGGGGUGUGGGGCCACAGGGCAGUCACAAGAGACUUCAGCCACUUUGAGACAUGAGCCCCAGGGACCCGUGGGCUUUCCUGCAGCCUCACCCCAUGAGAUCCCACUCCUCCGCAGUCCUCUCAGGCACAGAGCUGCCGCCAUCCUUUGGUCAGAGGAGGGUCCUCUAGCCAGUGACGCCGGACACAGUGACCCCCAACGUCGCCCCGUUUCCCCGGAAGAGGAUGAGAAGUAAGCAGUGCCUGUGCUUUGAAGAAAAAUAGAUGACAUCCUCCUUCCAUGUUGCAUAUGGAUCCAAUGUUGCAGAACUCUGGGACCACAGGCCUGCGCAAGGCAGCGAAGUUGAACUUAGGCUUCGCGAUUCCCAGUGACUGGCAUUGGCUGCGGCUGAAAGAGCUGCUGAUCUCUCCGCUGCCCAGCUGCCGGUCUUGAAAGAUGAGCGGGAACAGGACCCUGCCUUCGGCCUGCCGGGGGCUGGUGAGAAAGGGGCUUCUGAAAAAUGGGAGUCCCAUUUUCAAACAAAAUGUGCCUUAGAAGAAACCGACGCGGUUUUGUUUUGUUUUUGUGAAAUGAUUUUAAUUAUCCUGCAUGUGUAUUUUGCCCUCUUAUCUGGAAUUCAAGGGAAAAGUGUUUCUUGGGUUUGGAAUGUUACAAAGGAAGCAAUAUUGUACAGAGCACACAGUAGUGUGUUUUCUUAGAAUCAUGUACAGACCUUAAAUGUAAUUUAUAUGGUUUUUGUAUGUCAUUUUCAUUGAAGUAUUUUGAGCUUAAAAUAAUGACUUAGUAAUUUAACUGUUUACCUUACCCACCUGGGAUGCCACCUGAUUGUAUUUUGGUUGCUUGUGUUUAUACUGAUGUAAGUGAGGUCCGUUCAUUUCAGAGCUCCUGUGUGAGAAGGCCCACGGGCACACUACGUCCGGCACAUGGGACAGCUCCCACCUGUAACUCCCACACCUGGUGUAUCCAAUAAAGUGGAACAGCGUUU